AACAUCAUUUUCACCCAUUCACAGAGAAAAAAAAAAAAAAAACAUUCGCCAUUUUCGCUCCUUAAAAAAACAUCAUCAAGAACACCGAAAGCACAGAAAGCACAGUAAACGUGUUUGCCAAUGGGAGUUAACAUGUCAAACACACCACCUCACACCAAAGACUUGUUUUCUUCUCCAACUCUCUCUCUUAGCCUAGCUGGGAUUUUCCGGCAUGCCGAGGAGGCGGCGACGACGUCCGGCAUGGUGGUUGACGGCGUUGAGGUCCGGCGAGAGGACACUGUUGAGAUUAGCAGUGACAACUCAGGACCUGUGAGAUCCAGGUCAGAAGAAGAUUUUGAUGGAGAAGGUGCUCAUGAGGAAGACGAUGAUGAGAACAACGAUGAUGGUGAUAGGAGUAAGAAGAGGAAGAGGAAGUAUCACAGACACACCGUUGAACAGAUCAGAGAAAUGGAAGCGCUUUUCAAGGAAUCACCACAUCCUGAUGAAAAGCAGAGGCAACAACUCAGCCAGCAACUUGGCCUUGCUCCAAGGCAAGUCAAGUUUUGGUUCCAAAAUCGUCGAACGCAAAUCAAGGCAAUACAAGAGCGCCAUGAAAACUCAUUGUUGAAGACAGAAUUAGACAAACUGAAGGAAGAAAACAAGGCCAUGCGAGAGAUCAUCAGAAAAUCUUGUUGCCCCAAUUGUGGCAUGGUAACGGCUACCAUAGAUGCUUCCAUGUCCAUUGAAGAAAAGCAACUCCUUAUUGAAAAUGUCAAACUCAAAGCUGAGGUAGAGAAACUCCGAGCAACAUUAGGAAAAUGUUCACCAACGUCUCCUGCAUCUUCUGCUGGUCAUGACGAGGAAGAGAACAGAAGCUCUUUGGACUUUUACAAUGGAGUUUUUGGGCUCGAGAAAUCAAGGAUAAUGGAAAUAGUUAACCGGGCAACUGAAGAGCUCAUAAAGAUGGCAAACAUGGGAGAACCAUUGUGGGUUCGUAGCGUUGAAACAAGUCGUGAAAUACUUAACUAUGAUGAAUAUGUGAAGGAGUUCGCAGUUAAAAAUUCGAGCAGUGAUAAGCCAAAGACAUUCAUCGAAGCCUCGAGAGACUCCGAGGUUGUUUUUAUGGAUCUCCCUCAUCUACUCCAAACCUUUUUAGAUGUGAAUCAGUGGAAGGAAAUGUUUCCAUGCUUGAUAUCAAAGGCUGCCACUGUUGAUGUUAUAUGCAAUGGAGAAGGUUCCAACAGGAAUGGUGCAGUGCAAUUGAUGUUUGCUGAGCUGCAAAUGCUCACUCCAAUGGUGCCCACCAGAGAAGUGUAUUUUGUGAGGUGCUGCAAACAGCUGAGUGAUGAACAGUGGGCAAUAAUUGAUGUAUCUAUAGACAAAGUUGAACACAACAUUGACGCAUCCCUUGAGAAAUGCAGAAAACGCCCAUCUGGUUGCAUUAUUGAGGAUAAGUCAAACGGCCACUGCAAGGUGAUAUGGGUGGAGCACUUGGAGUGCCAGAAGAGCACAAUCCACACAUUGUACCGAACCAUUGUCAACAGUGGUCUAGCUUUUGGGGCAAGGCAUUGGAUAACAACACUACAACUUCAAUGCGAGCGUCUGGUUUUUAACAUGGCAACAAAUGUUCCUACAAAGGAUUCAACUGGUGUUGCAACGUUGGCCGGGAGGAAAAGCAUUUUAAAGUUGGCACAAAGAAUGACAUGGAGUUUCUGCCAUGCAAUUGGUGCAUCGAGUUUCCAUACGUGGACCAAGUUCACGAGUAAAACAGGAGAAGACAUAAGGAUUAGCUCUAGGAAGAACUUGAAUGACCCUGGUGAACCUCUUGGGGUUAUCUUGUCUGCAGUUUCUUCUGUGUGGCUUCCUGUCUCUCCCAAUGCACUGUUUGAUUUCUUGAGGGAUGAAGCUCGUCGAAGUGAGUGGGAUAUGAUGUCCUGUGGUGGGUCAGUGCAGUCUAUUGCAAAUUUAGCUAAAGGAAAAGGCCGAGGCAAUGCUGUAAACAUCCAUAAAAUUGAAUCAACAGAGAACAGUGUGUGGGUACUGCAAGAUAGCUGCACAAGUGGUUAUGAAUCAAUGGUGGCAUAUGCUCUUGUGGAUUUUGCUGGUCUUCAAUCUGUGCUGACAGGAUGUGAUUCAAGCAAUCUUACCAUUUUGCCGUCAGGAUUCUCAAUUCUUCCUGAUGGGGUUGAGGAAAGGCCAUUGGUGAUUAGGUCAAAGCAAGAUGAAAAAGGAACAGAAGGAGGGUCUUUGUUUACAAUGCUACUUCAGAUGCUUGUCAAUGCUUCUCCUACAGCCAAGUUAACUAUGGAGUCUGUGGAAUCUGCCACUAAUCUUGUCUCUUGUACAUUGAGAAAAAUUAGAACAAGUUUACUGUGUGAAGAUGGUUAGCCAAGAUAAACAAAAAAGACAGAGAAAGAAGAUAAUUAGUUAGAUAGAAUCUGAUUAGCUGCUAAAGUUAUCUUUUACAGUAUUGAUGAUUAUUUUGAGUUCCUUUUAAAUUGAUUAA